UGCUUGCGUAAGAAAGAUAUUCCUAAUUCUGCUUAUUUCAGUUCUGCUAAACCAAAUUACAAGGCAGAUGGCAAGCAUGUAUAUUGGGCACUCUUCUUGUACAUGAGAAGCGUGAGAUCAGAGGUGGAUCCACCAAGACACCUGCGAUCUCACGCCCUUUCUCUCUCUCUCAAAUUUUCUCUUUCACACGCAGUCCUACACACCCACACUCUAUAUAUAUAUAUAUGUAUGAUUAUAUAUAAUAAUACAAUACUAAAUUAUUGAUCAGAUUGUUAACUUAGGGCUCGGUUUCGAUCCAUCCAUUCAUAACUCAAAUUAUUACUGGAGUCGAUAGAUCUGCAGGAGGAGCCCAAUUAAUCUCGAGACUCCCUUAUUUAGCAACUGCUCGACACGAAGGUUCUUGUUGAUGAGAAAAUCAGGGUGGUUGCUUACAUAAAAGAUCACGGUGAUCCCAAGGAGUGCAAUAAUGUCGACAGAGGGAGGGGAUAGUAGCGUGAUGCUAGAAAAUAAUGUGGAAGAUGCUGUAAAACCUGAGAAACAGUUCAUUCGCUUGAACCACGAGAGUUUUGGAAGUGUAGUUAAGGAGAAUGGGCUUUAUGAUGGCGACCCUUAUACUAGUGAGACUCAUGAUCAACUUGUUCAAAAUAUCGUAGAACUCAAUUUCCAGAAUGAGUAUUUGAAGUCUCAGUUUGAGUUCCUUAAAGAGCUUCGCUCAGAAUCUGGUGGGUCUGACCAACAAACAGGAGCAACAGAGAGAGAAGGAGGGGGAUGUGAAGAUGUGAAAGAGCUCCGUGAAAAGAUAGAAUCUUUAAGUAGAGAGCUUUUGGAAGAAAAACAAACCCGAGGUGCCGCGGAGGAGGCCAUGAAGCAUCUUCAAGUUGUAUACAUCGAGGCAGAUGCAAAAGCCCAAGAGCUUUCUGCCAAGCUUUCUGAAGCUCAACAGAAGAUGGGUGAAGAAAUAAAAGAGCGUGAUGAGAAGUACUCUGAACUUGACUCCAAGUUCAAUAGGCUUCACAAACGAGCUAAACAGCGUAUUCAAGAGACUCAGAAGGAAAAAGAUGAUCUUGCGGCUCAGUUUCGUGACGUGAGUGAAAAAGCCAGCCAAGCAUCAUCCCAACUGUCAGCAUUGAAGCAAGAGCUGGAGCGCACACGGCAACAAGCAAAUGAAGCCAUUAAAGCAACAGAUAUGGAGAGGCAGCAAUUACGGAUUGCAAACAACAAGCUUCGAGACAACAUUGAAGAAUUACGGCGAUCUUUGGAACCCAAAGAGAAUGCUCUCGAGGCAUUGCAGCAGUCACUUUUAGAGAAAGAGCAGAUGCUAGAAGACAUGCGAGGUUUCCUUCAAGCAGCAGAAGAAAAAAAGCAAGCCUCAAUAUCUGAGGUCUCUGCCAAACACCAGAAGCAAAUAGAGAGUUUGGAAUCCCAACUUGCUGAUGCAUUAACAGAUAGAAGCAAAGCAACCGAAACGAUUUCCUCUCUGCAGGGGAUGAUUGCUGAGAAAGAGUCUAAGAUUGCGGAGAUGGAUGCAGCUUCAAGUGGCGAAGCAGCACGACUUAAAGCUGCAGUGGAAACGGUAAAAGGAGAGCUGAAUCACAUGAAACACGAGCAUGAGAAAGAAAGGGAGAUUUGGGAAGUUAACUCACAGGCACUGAAAACGAAGCUGGAGGUUGCUGAGAGUAACUGCAUGCGUACUGAAAUUGAAGCAGCUAAAAUGAGAAGUCAGCUGGAAUUAGAAUUAUCUGUGCAAACUCAGCUGCUAAGUACACGAGAUGCUGAACUAGUGGCUGCAAAAGAGGAGAUCACCCGUCUGCAAAGUGAAUUUUCAUCUUACAAGGUUCGAGCUCAUACUCUUCUACAGAGAAAGGAUGCAGAGCUAGCUGCCGCUAGAGACAAUGAACAACUCAAAGCACAGGAAGAAUUAUUGAAGGAUGCUGAGAAAGAAGUAUUGUUGGCAUCUUCAGAAAGGGAUAGGGCCCUCCAAGAUCUUCAGGAUGCUUUGGCCAAUCAUGACAACGAACUUGCUGCAAGAGAUGCAGCUCUCAGCACUGCAGAGCAGCAAAUUAAGGGCUUGGAAAUGAAACUUAAUUCUGCCAUUUCUCACUAUCAGUCAGAGAAAGAAGCAUGGGAAAUAAACUUUCAGAAUUUAGAACAAACUUGGCAAUUGAGAUGUGAAGCAUUGAAGGCAAAGAACAAAGAAUCGUCUGGUCAAGAACGACAAAGAGAAAUAGAGGACCUUAAACUACAAUAUAAACGAUUAAAGGAAGAGCAUGAUUCAUUUCGUGAUCUUGCUGAUAAAAUGAUUGAGGAGAAGGACAAAGAGAUCUCUAGACUUUUAGAUGAUAAUAAGAAUCUUCAUCAAUCACUAGAAUCAAGACCACCAGCUAAUUAUGACAAUAACUACAACACAGCCUCCCAGAAACAGGAUGCACUAUAUGCAAGCACCUCAUCUGCAGAUCAGCAAAUUCUGCUUUUGGCAAGGCAACAGGCUCAAAGAGAGGAAGAGCUAGCACAGUCGCAGCGGCACAUUCUUGCACUCCAAGAGGAAAUUGAGGAGCUUGAACGUGAAAAUCGUCUCCACAGCCAACAGGAAGCCAUGUUAAAGGAAGAGCUCCGGAACACGGAAAGAGCGCAAAAGAGGGAAGGGGUGGACAUGACCUAUCUUAAAAAUGUUAUUUUGAAACUCCUUGAAACAGGUGAAGUGGAGGCCUUGCUACCUGUGGUUGGAAUGCUUCUUCAAUUCAGUCCUGAAGAGAUGCAGAAGUGUCAACAGGGUUAUCGUGCUGCUUCUGAUGUUCCACCAAGCCCGUCAAAUGAAUCAUCGGGCUCUGGCCUCUCACUUCUCUCGAGAUUCACUUUUUCAUGACAACAGAAACAAUGACUGAAGAAGAAACUACUUCAGUUCUUCCAAGAACUAUGUGAAACUGCAAUCCAGCUGCGAUGGCGGCCGCUCGACUGCACUUGGAGACAGAGAUGCAGUUCAGUGUAAUUUUUGUAUUCUUGAUGGAAAAAUGAAAAUUGAUUUCAUGAAACACUGCAGCGAUAUUGUAAAGAAUUUGAUAUGAGAGAAAAGGAAAUACAUCAGAGGCAAAGACAUUGGCAUUAUGGCUGUAAAGAAGUCCAAUCUUUUAUCUUUGAAAAUGAAAAGCAUGUUUGAUAAACUACUUGCAA